AAUGAAAAUCUUUUCUGAGUCUCAUAAAACUGUUUUUGUUGUGGAUCACUGCCCAUAUAUGGCAGAAUCCUGCAGACAACAUGUUGAAUUCGAUAUGUUAGUGAAGAAUCGGACCCAAGGAAUUAUACCUCUAGCACCCAUCUCAAAAUCACUAUGGACCUGUUCAGUGGAAUCAUCCAUGGAGUACUGUAGAAUAAUGUACGAUAUUUUCCCUUUCAAGAAACUGGUGAAUUUCAUUGUGAGUGAUUCUGGGGCUCAUGUCUUGAAUUCUUGGACUCAAGAAGAUCAGAACUUGCAGGAGUUGAUGGCAGCAUUAGCAGCUGUCGGGCCACCUAAUCCUCGGGCAGAUCCAGAGUGCUGCAGCAUACUUCAUGGUCUGGUUGCAGCAGUUGAAGCACUCUGCAAAAUAACAGAAUACCAGCAUGAGGCUCGAACCAUGCUCAUGGAGAAUGCAGAACGUGUUGGAAACAGAGGAAGAAUAAUCUGUAUUACUAAUGCGAAAAGUGACAGUCACGUUCGGAUGCUUGAGGAUUGUGUUCAGGAAACCAUUCAUGAGCAUAACAAGCUUGCAGCUAAUUCAGAUCAUCUAAUGCAGAUUCAGAAAUGUGAAUUGGUCUUAAUCCACACUUACCCAGUUGGUGAAGACAGCCUUGUUUCAGAUCGUCCUAAAAAAGAGCUUUCACCUGUUUUAACCAGUGAAGUGCACAGUGUCCGUGCGGGACGGCAUCUGGCUACAAAACUGAAUGUUUUAGUACAACAGCACUUUGAUCUGGCUUCAACCACAAUAACUAACAUUCCUAUGAAGGAAGAACAACAUGCUAACACAUCAGCCAACUAUGAUGUAGAGCUUCUUCAUCACAAAGAGGCACAUGUUGACUUUUUAAAGAGUGGUGAUAAUCAUACAGGUGGCAAUAGCAGAGAAGGCACAUUUAAAGAAACUGUAACAUUAAAAUGGUGUACUCCUCGAACAAAUAGUGUGGAAUUACACUAUUGCACUGGAGCGUACAGAAUUUCACCAGUAGAUGUAAAUAGCAGACCUUCUUCAUGCCUUACUAACUUUCUCCUUAAUGGUCGUUCUGUUUUGUUGGAACAGCCACGCAAGUCUGGCUCUAAAGUAAUUAGUCACAUGCUCAGCAGCCAUGGAGGAGAAAUUUUUCUGCAUGUAUUAAGCAGCUCACGAUCAAUUCUAGAAGAUCCCCCAUCAAUUAGCGAAGGGUGUGGUGGAAGAGUCACUGACUACCGGAUUACAGAUUUUGGUGAAUUUAUGAGGGAAAACCGAUUAACUCCUUUUCUAGAGCCCAGAUGUAAGAUUGAUGGAAGUCUUGAAAUUCCAUUGGAACGUGCAAAAGAUCAGUUAGAGAAACAUACUCGUUACUGGCCUAUGAUUAUUUCUCAGACUACCAUCUUCAACAUGCAAGCUGUAGUGCCAUUAGCCAGUGUGAUUGUAAAAGAAGCAAUGACUGAUGAGGAUGUUCUGAAUUGUCAAAAAACAAUAUACAAUUUGGUAGACAUGGAGAGGAAAAAUGAUCCGCUGCCAAUUUCUACUGUUGGUACCAGAGGAAAGGGUCCAAAAAGAGAUGAACAGUACCGGAUUAUGUGGAAUGAAUUGGAAACCCUUGUACGAGCACACAUAAACAACUCUGAUAAACACCAGCGAGUCUUAGAGUGUUUGAUGGCUUGCAGAAGCAAACCCCCAGAAGAAGAGGAGCGCAAGAAACGAGGUAGAAAGAGAGAAGACAAAGAAGACAAGUCAGAGAAGUUGGGCAAAGACUAUGAAUCAGAUAAGCCAUGGCAAGAAACAGAAAGGUUAAAAGGUCUUUUGGAUCGUGAAAAAGAAGAACUAGCAGAAGCUGAAGUUAUCAAAGAUUCCCCUGAUUCUCCUGAGCCACCCAACAAAAAGCCUCUUAUUACCAUGGAUGAAAUGCCCACAGUUGAAAAAGCAAAAGGGCCAAUGUCCUUGCUGUCUUUAUGGAGCAACAGGAUUAAUACUGCCAACUCUAGGAAACACCAGGAAUUUAUUGGUCGUUUGAACUCUGUCAACAAUAAAGCUGAGCUAUAUCAACAUCUGAAAGAAGAAAAUGGAAUGGAAACGACGGAAAAUGGAAAAGCAGGCCGGCAGUGAUGAUUAAUUUUGUUUCUUUGGACAAAACUUGGCCAAAUUGCAAAAAUACUUAAUGCUGGAAUUGAUAUUGGUACCAUUUCAGUACAAUUGUAUAGCUCUGUUUUGAUUGGUUUUUACAUUUUUCUAAUCUUAUUUUUGCUAUGAAAUAUGAAAUCCGCAUAUCACAUUAAAUGAAGAACGUGCAAAUAGGAGCUGUCCUGAAGUAUUUUACAGUCAUGUUUUUAGGAUGAAGAAAACCUGUGCUGCCAUGGUCUAAAUCAAGUAAUCAAAAAUGUUAGUCAGAGUUUAAAGUCUUUUCCCAAAAGUAUUGUUUAAUAUUUCAAAAUCAGUGAUGGCUGUUUAAAAAAAAAAAAA